CGCUGCCUUUCGGUGGAUCUCGAGUAUUGAAGGUAGCGUUCGAUCUUUCGAUACGCAAAAACAAAUCAACUAUCCCUUCUCCAAAGGCUGCGUCUCUCGCUCGAUCUCUGAGUUCAAGUAAAGCAUAUAAUGGAGGGAUCUGUGUUUACCCCUUCACUGGAAGGAAUGAAACAUGUCAAGUCUGAAACAGGGGAGAUACUGACUAAGCCUUUCUUGGAUGUGUGCAAACUCAUAUUACCUGUUAUAGAUAAGUUUGGAGCUGCUAUGGCACUUGUAAAAUCUGAUAUUGGUGGUAAUAUCUCGAGGUUGGAAGAUAAAUAUUCUUCCAAUCCAACCGAAUUCAACCUCUUGUACAGUAUGGUAGAAGUAGAGGUUGCAGCUAAGACUGCAAAAGGAUCAUCCAGUUGUACCAAUGGCCUUCUGUGGUUGACAAGAGCAAUGGAUUUUUUGGUUGAGCUGUUUCACAACCUGCUCCAGCAUCCAGAUUGGACAAUGUCGCAAGUCUGCACUGAUUCCUAUGGCAAGACCCUGAAACAAUGGCAUGGCUGGCUUGCCAGUUCAAGUUUCAGUCUUGCUAUGAAGCUUGCUCCAGAUAGGAAGAAGUUCAUGGACGUGAUAUCGGGUACAGGUGAUGUCAAUGUUGACAUGGAGGCUUUUUGCACAAGCUUCUCUCCAUUUCUGGAAGAGAACCACAAGUUUUUGGCUAGUAAAGGCUUGGAUAACCUGAAGGCUUCUUGAAGAGAAAGGUCUCGAAAUGUGUAGCAUUUCCUUCCAUCUAUCUUUAUUAUCGCCUUUUUCUUUCUUCUUUUUGGAGCAUCUCCAUGACUUGUAAACCUUUAAACCAGAGAAAUUAUCUGCAUUUUCAACUUAUACUCCUAAUAGCUUUAUUCCCUAUAACCUGUUUAUGUUCAAUUCUUCAGUAAUUGCAACUUAAAGUCUUCCAAUUGAGACUCUUCUCAA